AUGGUUGACUUGGGGCAACUAAAACACCAUGGUGGACGGUGCCAUCACGGCGAGAUGUUGACCACCAUGAAGCCCGCGGCAAAACUUUGGAAGCAUGUCCGGCGAGGCGAGCCAGACAUCACAUCGCAUAUCAGGCAUCACCAUCUCGCUCUUAUUGCGCGUACUUCGCACACUCCGUACACUCCGCACACGCCGUCCGCCCGCGAGCGUCGAAUCGCCUCGAAGAAUCCGUCUUUGAGCCUUGUUGCCUGCGGAUCUUUCCAUGAGAACGGAUACGGGAUAGAGGUCCAGCCUUCCAAGAGUACUGUACGAUCCAGCCAUGAUUCGUCGUCCGCCUCAAGCGCGUGCGGCGCGCCGAAAGGAGUCGGCAUGCAAAAAAUCCUGGAAAAUCACUUCAGCGGCACGUCGUGGUCGGUCGAGACUCGAUGGUUGCACAUGACCCGGCCGAUCAUCCUCGCUUCGCGUCGACCGCCGAAUCGUCGUCGCUUACGGAGUACAUGCGUCUCGUCAUUUUCGUAUGGAUACCUACACCCAUCGCUAUUUUCAACACGCUGCUUGGCCAAUUUUGCCCGCCUUGUCCAAUGUCUGCCGUCUUACGGAUACUGCUGUCCCGUAUCCACUGGUUCCCAAACCGGCUACCGACGAGCAGGGACAUAG